GCCAGUCCCGCUUCAAGACGCAGCCGGUGACCUUCGACGAGAUCCAGGAGGUGGAGGAGGAAGGGGUGUCCCCGAUGGAGGAGGAGAAGGCCAAGAAGUCCUUCCUGCAGAGCCUGGAGUGCCUGCGCCGCAGCACGCAGAGCCUGUCGCUGCAGAGGGAGCAGCUCGGCAGCUGCAGACUGAGGAACAGCCUGGACUCCAGCGACUCCGACUCGGCGCUGGGGGAGGCGCCGGGGACCGGCCGGCUUUCUCUGCCCUUGUACAUGUUAUUUUUUAACUCUCCCCAGUGCGAAGUCUGCUGAGUGUGUUCGGGGAGGUGCGCCCGCGCGGGGGCCGCCCCAGGACGCCCUCGUCCGAUGGUUAGCAACUCUGAUUUUGCACACCGCUCCGCCGGGCCCCCCAGCGCACACUCGUCCACACGCCAACACACUCGCUGAACACUUUUAUAAUUGUUAGGCGCGGCCAUGGGACUUGGGGCGCAGCGCAGCGGCUGCUGCGGCGGGAGGAUUGAUAUUUAUUUUUGCACUGCGAAGGCCGAAGGUGGUUAUUUAAGGAUCUUUUUACCUGGGUAUGUGUGAGGCUCCCAAACGGAGACAAAUAAAGUCAAUCUAUUUGCACAGUGCA